AUGAAAAAUACUCAUAUUUCUACAUCAAAUACUUCUCCAAGCAUUGCAAGUAACGAUAUCUAUCAUCAGGGUCAAGUCUCAAAUACUUAAUCAUCAAUUAAAGAUGUCUGGAUUCACAACUUCUUCGACGAGCUUGCUGUUCUAGCUAACUAUAUCGAUUAAGAUUACAAUGUUAUUGCAUUUGAUACCGAGUUCCCUGGAAUUCUUGUUGAUAAGAACACGCAUUUUAAGGGUAAAAGCAUGAGUAAACCUUUCUAUCAGUGGAUAAAAGAGAAUGUAGACUCCUCUAAAGUUAUCCAACUUGGAAUAUCCAUUUCUGAUGAGGAUGGUGAUCAACCGACACCUGUCUCAACAUGGCAAUUCAACUUUUAAUUUGACAAAAAUCUUGAUAUUUACAAUCAAGAUUCGAUCAAGAUGCUUGAGGAUGCUGGAUUGAACUUCGUAGAGCACGAAAGUAAUGGAAUUCCUCAUAUAACAUUUGCUGAGUACGCCAUUUGCUCUGGACUUCUGCUAAAUAAUUCUUUGAAAUGGGUGGCCUUCAAUUCUGCCUUUGAUUUCGGUUACUUACUAAAGAUGUUUACUUCAACUCCUCUUCCUGGCACAGAACAAGACUUUCUUAAGUCGGUUUAGACAUAUUUCCCUAUAUUUUACGAUGUCAAGCAUUUAAGAAGCGAUGCCAAAGAUCUCAACUCUUAGUUAAGGAAUGAGUGUAUAUACAGAGAGGGUGCAGCUCAUCAAGCUGGUAGUGACAGUUUAGUUACUCUUCAGCUCUAUCACAAGUCGAUGAAAGACCCCGUUUAUAAGUAGCUUAACUUGCCUGUUAAUGGUAAAAACGUCAUCUACAAGAUUGGUGAUUACUAUCGCAGGCAAGAAAAAGAAAGAAAAGAGUAUUAUAGCAAGUACAACAAGGAGUCAUCAAGAAAGAGCGAGGUAAUUUCUACCAAGAAGCUUAUGGAUGAUUAAUACCAGUAAACUCUUGUUCAAAUUCAAAAUUUGAUCAUUACAGAUUAGAUGAAUAGCCAAGAAGAAGACCCCUUUUUUAGCAAUGAAAAAGAUGAAAUCCAAUUUGCUAAGGGAAUUAGGAUGGAUAUUUCUGCACCUGAGUAUCAAAGUAAAAUUCAAGCUAAUUAUGAAGAAUCACCAGUGAGUUCAGUCCAAAAUAGCCAGUUCAUGAAUAAUGCUCAAAUGAACAAUUGCUAAAACCAAUUCUUCUAACAAUAGUUCAACCAUCAUUAACAGAUGUCAAUUCCAUCACCAUAGAGCUAUUACUACAACCUAAAUCUGAAGCAUAGUAUGAGUGCACCUGUUUAAUACUAAGCCCAUUUAAAUCAGAUGUAUCAAUAUCAAUAAUCUAACUUUAUGAUGACUCAGCAAGGACAGUAAUAUAUGAAUUAACAGCAAAGAUAUAUUCAAUUUCACUAACAGCAGCAGUAAUAAUACAUGGGAUGGAAUUAGGCAAACAGACAUAUAAACUCUGCUCCUUAAAAUUAAAUGCAGAUGGUAAACAUUUAGAGAUAGUAACCAAACCAAUACUACUAGCAGAGUCCUGUCAACACUCCACAGCCUUAAGUCUAGGUAAACCAUUAAAUACAAUUAUCUCCUCAUGCCCCAAUGCUUUAUGCAGCAAUAAUGCAGAACCAUCAGCAUCUAGACAUUAUUAAUAAUGGCUUAAGCCAUAACAAUUUCAAUACAACAGCCAAGCCCUUUAAUCCAACUAACCUCGGUACUACUUAACUAAAAAACUAAAAUUGA